AUGAGCCGUGAUCGCCUUAACGACUACAACAACAAUACCGACACCUCUGUUCACAUGUACCCCUCCAAUGGCGUCUAUGGCAACAGCACCAACAACCAGACACCAGUUGAACUCGCGCCUCUGCGGGGUGACAGCCUGACUCAGUUCUUCCAAGAGACAGAGGUCAUCUCCACAAAGAUCCAGCAGUUCCAGAGCAGCAUCAAUGAAAUCGACCAACUGUUCCUUCGCAACCUGAACGGCAGAGCUGACGCAGAAGCCGCCAAGCAAUUGGAAGACACGACUCGGGCCGCCAACAACCUAUCCACAGAGAUCUACGACCGUCUCCGAGCCCUAACAGAGUCCAACAGAGCGGUUCGCACUCGGGAGGAAUACGACCGUCGCAAAUUGAGGACAUCGACUCUCAGCAAACAGCUCAAGGAUGCCGUGAGCAGGUUCCAGACCUUGCAGUACCAGAAUGGACAAAAGUCAAAGGACAAUGUUGCCCGCCAAUACCGUAUCGCUAAUCCUGCGGCAACCGACGAAGACGUGAGACGUUUGGUUGAGAGCGACCAGGGAGGAGCCUUUUCCCAGCAGUUGUUGCAGCAAGCAAGAGGUCAGCAAGCAAUGGCGGCGUUGAACUCUGUUCAGAACCGUCAGCGCGAACUGCACAGUUUGCAGGAGAGUGUGGUCGAGUUGGCACAGCUGUACAAACAAUUGGAGCAGAUGAUCUCUGAUCAGGAUGUUGCCUUCCAGGAGAUUGAGGCGUCUGUUUUCCGUGCUGAGAACGAUAUCGAGAAGGGACAUGGUGAAGUGGCCGUCGCCCUUGUUCAUGGAUACUCUGCGAGAAGGGCGGACCCAUCGGCAACAUCGAUGAAAGUCCAGACUUAUGAUGGAUCGAUCGAUGGAUGGGAGGAUAUAGGACGGAUAUUUGGAUGUCAUCGUGACUGGGUCACGGCUAUUGCCACCACCGCCGAGUCCCCCGAUAUGAUCUUGACCUCCUCCCGUGACAAGACCAUCAUCGUCUGGAACUUGGUCCGCGAUGAGGAGGGCAACUUCGGUGUCCCCCGCAAGUCCCUCCACGGACACAACUCUGCCGUUCAGGAUGUUGUCAUCUCCUCUGACGGUCAGUUCGCCUUGUCCGCCUCCUGGGACAAGACCCUCCGUCUCUGGGACCUCAACACCGGCCUCACCACCCGCCGCUUCAUCGGUCACACCAACGAUGUCCUCUCGGUCUCCUUCUCCGCUGACAACCGUCAGAUCGUUUCGGGAUCCCGCGACAAGACCAUCAAGUUGUGGAACACCCUCGGUGAGUGCAAGUUCACCAUCCAGGAGGAUGGUCACACCGAGUGGGUCUCCUGCGUCCGCUUCUCGCCCAACCCCGCCAACCCCGUCAUUGUUUCCGGAGGCUGGGACAAGGUCGUCAAGGUCUGGGAGCUCACCAAGUGCAAGCUUCGCUCCAACCACAUCGGACACACCGGUUACAUCAACACCGUCACUGUCUCCCCCGAUGGUUCCCUCUGCGCUUCCGGUGGACGCGACGGCAUCACCAUGCUCUGGGACCUCAACGAGGGCAAGCACUUGUACUCUUUGGAGGGCAAGGGUGAUGAUAUCAUCAACGCCUUGGUCUUCUCGCCCAACCGCUACUGGUUGUGCGCUGCUACCUCGUCCUGCAUCAAGAUCUGGGACUUGGAGUCCAAGUCUGUUGUCGAUGAGCUCAAGCCCGAGUUCACCAACGUUGGCAAGAAGUCCAACCCUCCCCAGGCUGUCUCCUUGGCCUGGUCUGCUGAUGGCCAGACUUUGUUCGCUGGUUACACCGACAGCAUCACUCGUGUCUGGACCGUUGGCUUCUAA